CUCUCUCUCUGUCUUUCGUGUCACUCGACUUGACUUGUAUCGAGUUUUUAUUCUUGGAAGUGCAGCAACGGGUCUUGGGUUGUUGGUCCCCGUGCCACUGCCGUCGUUUCACCUCAGGUACUCCGUACUACAACUACUACCUCGCUCCCGCUUACACGCAGCCGCCCGACGGGAAACUCCCACUCCCACCACUUGCAGCACUUUCACCACUUAAUUCUAUCCGCUGCACCACCCCCAGCGAUUGAUUCUGAAGGCUUUCAUCAAACCGUUCUCUGGCAAACCCUCCUAACCUUAACAACACGACCUCGCUGUGAACGGAUUAUUUUUUUUACGGCCCAAAAACAAGGGCUUCUUCGGACCGGCACCAUGUCACCAACAUAUACUAUGUCCGCCCACCUCUGCAAGCAGAUCUACUCGUCAUGGCGCCAGGCGCGACAGAGCUCUCCAGACACGAGCCCACUGCCUUCGCCUCCCACGGCUCUCAGCAACCGCCACGACAGCAACACGGCGUCCUAUUUCCCCCGGCCAUCGUCGCCCACCGCCAACGAGAAGUACUCCAUGGAUAGCGAGCGCAACCUGUCUUCGCACCCGCCAUCGCCUUCGCUCUCGCCGUCGGGGUCGGGAUCAUCAGGGUCAGGGUCGAGUUGGCGGGGGUGGGGAUCUCGUUAGGCUCCGUGACCACCUAAGUUAAGGUACCGGUUACGUAACUCGACGGCCUUGCUUCCCUGGCGGCAGCGGCGGGGGCGGCGGCGGCAGCAGCAGCAGCAGCAGCCGUCGCCGACAAAAUCUGGGGAAGGAGGGGGAAGGAACCAAAUCAAGGCGCGCGCGCACACACACACACACACACACACACUAUA